AUGACAGCACAACACAUGACAGAGACAGAGAAAGACGGAGAUACCCAGCCGAAGCUAUUGGUACAGCUCCACAAAUUCCCAUGUGCGGAAAUGUAUUGCAUGUAUGUUUUCCAUUCGGUAAAGGUAAGAAGAGCUGCUGUCCUACCCAUGGUUCCGACCCGACAAUUGGAGGACGUUUGGUUCAAUGCUCUUGAUGACAAUGAGGACAACAGCCCAGAGGUUAUCCGUUUCAGGGACUAUGUCACAGAAACGUGGGUGGAAGGACAGCAGCUGGAUCUGUGGAACCACUAUGAAAACACCGGGCAUCGUACAACUAACCACGUAGAAGUAUGGCACAGUAAAGUAAACAGGAUGUGCAAGCAUGCACGCCCGAACAUUUAUGCGAUUGUGAAGUUGCUCCAGAAAUUACAGGCUGCUGAAGAAGUUAGGAUGAUUCAACUGUGUGCUGGAGGAAAAUCACCACCAAGAAAGAAGAAGUAUCGACGUUUGGAUGAGCGCCUUACUCAGCUCAAGGACAGGUUCCAGAACGGACAUAUUCAUGUGAACACGUAUGCUGAUUCAGCAUCCCACUUACUCCAUUUAGACUGAGAUAGUGCAUGAUACGGUCAACACGUGCAUGUUGAUUCAGCAUCUCAAAAACUGUU